CCAGGCUUCUUCAAUGUGGACAUAUAGCUACCUUAUUUAUGUUGGUUGUUCUUUGCUCCAACAUUUCAAUUCUACCAAUUUAGGCUUAUCAAAAAAUUGAAAAAAGAAAGAAAGAAAACUACAUGGAGAACAUGAGACAAUCUCAUAUCCAGCAAAGAAAGGGCAGCAGAUUAAUACUCUUUACCUUGCCUUUACAAGGUCACAUAAAUCCUAUGCUUCAACUUGCCAAUAUUCUCUACUCAAAAGGCUUCUCCAUCAGUAUAAUCCAAACUAAUUUCAACUCUAUAAACCCAUCAAACUAUCCUCAUUUCACUUUUCAUUCAAUCCUAGAUGGCUUAUUGGAAAGUGAAGCCUCAACAGAAGAUAUCAUCCUAUUUCUUUCAAUCCUCAAUGUCAAAUGCGUUGAGCCUUUCAGGAAUUGCUUGGCUAAGUUGUUGUCAGAUGUUUUGGAAGAGCCUGUUGCUUGCUUAAUCACAGAUCUUGUUUGGUGCUUUGCUCAACCUGUAGCUGAAGGCUUUAAGCUCCCAACAAUUGUUGUGAGGACCACCAGUUUAUGCUCUUUUCUUGGAUUUGCUGCCUUCCCUCUCCUGCUAGACAAGGGCUACCUCCCAAUUCAAGCUUGUCGAUUGGCGGAACCAGUGCAAGAGCUUCAACCAUUAAAAGUGAAAGAUAUUCCUGUGAUCAAAACUAGCAAACCAGAGGCUCUUUAUGAAAUAGUAAGGGGGAUGGUUGAGCGAGCAAAGAACUCUUCAGGGAUCAUAUGGAACUCAUUUGAAGAACUUGAAAAAGAUUCACUGACAACAUUAACUAAAGACGUUCCUGUUCCAAUGUUCCUCAUAGGUCCAUUUCAUAAGUUCUGUCCAACUUCUUCAAGUAGCUUACUAACACAAGACAGAAGCUGCAUUUCCUGGCUAGAUACUCAAGUUCCUAAUUCUGUACUCUAUGUGAGCUUUGGGAGCAUUGCAGCCAUAGAUGAGGUUGAAUUUCAGGAGAUAGCUUGGGGGCUAGCCAAUAGCAAGCAACCCUUCUUGUGGGUGGUUCGACCUGGACUAGUCCUUGGAUCAGAAUGGGUUGAAUCAUUGCCUGAUGGGUUCCUGGAGAUGAUAGGAGAAAGAGGAAGAAUUCUCAAGUGGGCUCCCCAGCAGGAAGUGCUAGCACACGCUGCCAUUGGAGGGUAUUGGACACACAAUGGCUGGAAUUCAACGUUGGAGAGUUUAUGCGAAGGUGUCCCUUUGAUAUGUCUGCCUAGUUUUGGAGAUCAAAGGGUAAAUGCGAGAUUUGUGAGUGAUGUUUGGAGAGUUGGAAUACUUUUAGAGAAAAAAUUGGAGAGAGGGAAUGUAGAAAGUGCAAUUAGAAGGCUAAUGGUGGAGGCAGAAGGAAAGGAAUUGAGAAUGAGGGCUCUAGAUUUGAAGGGUAAAGCAGAAUUUUGUGUAAGGGAAAAGGGAUCUUCUUGCCGAAAUCUGGAGAAUUUGAUAAACUAUAUUUUAUUAUUCGCAUGCAAGGAUGCAACUUUAUGUCAAUGAAUUUUAGUAGGAAAUAUUUUAUUGUCUUUCUAUAUUCAGAGCAUAUGAA